AUGGGUUUCGAAAAUAUCUCAAAUGACCCUGAGAACAAGGUGAUGGGUUCUGAAGACGAGAAGGCUGGACAUGCACCACCGCCAUUUGAGGGUACUAUGGUGGGGGAGAUGACUGACGCCGAGAGGAACGUCUAUGAUCACGGUAUCCAGAAGUUCAAUCGUCUCGGAUGGAAGCGUCUCACCGUCGUCCUCAUUGUUGAGGCCAUUGCUCUCGGCAGUUUGUCAAUUCCUUCGACUUUCGCCACACUUGGCAUGGUCGCCGGUGUGAUCUGUUGUGUGGGUCUUGGUUUGAUCGCCAUCUACACCAGUUACAUUGUGGGAAUGGUCAAGCUCGCCUUCCCUGAGGUGGCUAACUAUGCCGAUGCGGGUCGCUUGAUGGGUCGUCGUUUGCAUUGUGGUCGCUUUGGAUAUGAACUGGUUAAUGUCAUGCUUGGCCUUCAGUUGAUCUUCCUGACCGCCUCCCACUGUUUGACCGGAACCAUCGCAUUUUUGGACAUCACCAAAAGUGGCAUUUGCUCGAUCAUUUUCGCGGUGGUCUCUGCGAUCAUCCUGCUCUUGCUCGCGAUUCCCCCGAGUUUCACCGAAGUCGCCAUUCUCGGUUACGUUGAUUUCGCCUCCAUUGUCAUCGCCAUUGGCAUUACAAUCAUCGGAACUGGUGUGCAGGCAACGGACGCACCCGGUGGACUCGCUGCAGUCCCUUGGUCUGCAUGGCCCAAGGAUAACCUCACCUUCACCGAGGCCUUCAUCGCCGUCACCAACAUCAUUUUUGCCUACAGCUUCGCCAUGUGCCAAUUUUCUUUCAUGGACGAAAUGCACACUCCUCGCGACUUCGUCAAAUCCAUCUGGGCCCUCGGUAUCACCGAGAUCGUUAUCUACACUGUGACCGGUGCCUUGAUUUACGCCUUUGUGGGAUCUGACGUCAAAAGCCCUGCGCUGACCUCCGCGGGUACUACCCUCAGUCGCAUCGCAUAUGGUGUUGCCCUCCCCGUCAUCUUUAUCAGUGGCUCCAUCAACACCGUUGUGUUUGGUCGUUUGAUCCAUGGUCGUAUCUUCGCCAACUCGCCCAUUCGCUUCAUCAACACCAAGAUGGGAUGGAUCACCUGGUUGGCUGUGAUCACGGCGGCUACCAUUGUCGCGUUCAUCAUCGCCGAGGUGAUUCCAUUCUUCAACGACUUGUUGUCAAUCUCCUCAUCUCUCUUUAUCUCCGGAUUCACCUUCUACUUCCCUGCCAUGAUGUGGUUCAUGCUCCUCCGGGAGGGUAGCUGGAAGGAGCCUAAGAAUUUGGCAUUGGCCGGCCUCAACAUCCUGAUCUUUGUGAUUGGUAUGGUGGUACUUGUCGGCGGUACCUACGCUAGUAUCGAUGAUAUCAUGAUCAAGUACGACAAGGGAGAAGUUGGUGGUGUCUUUUCUUGUGCCGCUCCGGAGUAA